GCUCGUAGAACGGGUACGGCGACCGCCGGGGGUCUGGGAAUUUAGCAGAAGCUCCGGGAGCUCCGGUUUUCGGUUGCUAGUCGCAGGAUUCGAGCGCUCGAGGGCGGGUCGUGUGCGUGCGUACGUGCGUGCCGUGAAUACGUGGAGUGCGUGAGCGAAAGAUAACGUAUACGAGAAAAAGAGGCAGACAGGAUCUCUCGAGAGAAAGAAAGAAGAGGCACCAGACGCAGAACAAGGAAGAAGGAACACGAAGUCUGCCACUUGUGAAGGAGAAAGAGCGGAAGGUGGAGAAGAGUCGUCGCGUUUGUCUGUGGUGUGUCUCACAGUGCCGUCGAGGAGGAGGCGAAGACGGAGGAGGAGGAGUGCCGCUCGGUCGACGGUAGUCCCCCGUAGCACCGUGGCAGGAUGGACGACACCACGGGUCCGUCGCGAACGUCGGACGUGACGGCGAUGGGAAGCGAGACCGACGACGCCGCCGUCGCCGCCGCGACUACCACGUCGAAGAUGCGGAUGGUCAAUGAUGAUGAUGCGAGUGCCGCCUCUACCACCAGCACCAGCACCAACAUCAUCAACGGCGACGACGCCGCCGGCGACCCUAUCGAGUGCCGCGACCGGAGCUCGAUAAGGGCCGCGUUCCCGGGGCCGCGCGGCUCCACCGCUACCUCCUGCCCGACGACGAUGACGACGACGACGCCAUCGCUGCUGCCUCCGCCACCGCCGCCGCCACCGCCGCCGCCGCCAUCGCCACCGCCGUCGCAUCCGCAGCUGCCGCCGGCACCGCAGCCGGGGUGUGGCUGCGUGGCCGCGGCCAACGCGGCCACCGCGGUCGACAAGGACGAGAUCACCGUGUGCAUCACGCCGACUACCGGCGGCCAAUUCGAUCUCACGGUGGAUCGCAACGACACCGUGGAGAAUCUCAAGAAGAUCAUUUCCAAGAAGCUGAAGGUCGCCAAGGAGCGUAUCUGCCUGCUGCAUCGCGAGAGGCAGCUGCGCGAAGGAACGCUCGCGGAAAAUGGCCUACAGAACGACAGUCGACUCACGCUGCUGCCGAGCGUGGAAACCGGACUGCUGGCACAACGACCGGAGCAGAGCGUAAUGCAGGCCUUGGAGAGUCUCAAUGAUUCACAGGUGAAUGACUUCUUGUCCGGCAAGGCACCGCUUAAUCUGACGAUGCGACUGGGCGAUCACAUGAUGUUGAUACAGCUGCAGCUGUCUACCGUAACCCCGGCAUCACCGACUGCUAGUCAGGCGAGUUCCGCCAGCAGUGCCGGCCACAAUCAUCACAGCAGCAAUAGCAGCAGCAGCGGCAGCAAUAACAGCAACGUCGCUGGUUUAUCCAACGGUGGCAGCGCCACGAGCGUAUCCAAUUUGCCCGGCGGUCACUCGACAUUGCAGACCAGAAGAUGCUUGACGGCUAGAUCACCGGGAAGUGUCGCUAAACCGCAAAACGCUGCCGGAGCACCGGCUGGCAGGACGUCGCAUCUGAUCAGUAGCCUUGCGAGCGCCCUACACGCCGCCGCCAGUUACAGCAACAGCGGCAACCUAUCCACCGCCAGCAUCACCACCACUAGCCCGGUGUGCUCCAGCCGGGUCAUAACAUCAUCCUCAUCUGUCUCCGCGGCGCCGAUCAGCCCGGCACACUCGUCGUCGUCCAACGGCAACUUGGGACAGUUGCAAUCCACGCGUGGCAAUUCGCAUGGCAUCUCGGCUACAAAUGGCAGCUCCUCCAGCGCGUGCCAGCCGUGUCCGCUUUAUCACCAUCACCAUCAUCACGGCCACCAUCACGGCCAUCAUCAUGGUCAUCACCAUCACCACCAUCACCAUCACCACCAUCAUCAUUCGAGAAACAAACCUAGUUCGCCCAAUCCUUCCUCCUCCUCCUCCUCUCCCUCUUCUUCCGCUUCCUUCAGCUCGGGUUCGUCCUCGAUUCAGGAACAGUCUGCUUUGGAAUCUGCUUACGACACGACGCUGCCCAGAAAGAAGCUCUGCAGCGGUCACCAUCAUCACGGCCAGCCGUCGUCGUCCAUUACCUCCAAUGGUAUGGACGCCACGAGGAGUCUGCACGAGGAAUCGAGCCCGCAAAGCCCAACCUGUACCUCCUCGAUGAUGCUGGAACAAUCGCCGCCCAAGCCCGCCACCCUCGACACUCGGGCUCUCGCCGAGGCAUCUCGAAAUCUCACUCAGAAGCUGAAGCAGCUCUCCUCNNAGGAGAACGCGAGACGUAGGCAAGGUGCGAUAAUAGAGAGUAUGCAUCAUCAUGGCAAGGGCGUGUAUUCCGGCACGUUCAGCGGCACUCUGAACCCAGCCCUCCAGGACAGACACGGUCGGCCGAAGCGCGACAUUAGCACCAUCAUUCACAUCCUGAAUGACUUGCUCUGCGCGACGCCAGCUGCAUCCGCAAGCCACUAUAGGCACCAUCAUCACAGGCAUUCGCAUGCUCGUCAGCAAUCCUCCUCAAUGUCCGCAUCUUCUGCGGGCACCACGGCCAACGCGAGUGGAUCUACCACGUCGGUCGGCUGUCAUGAUUCCACACCAGGAUACUCCAGCGAGGAAUUGUCGAAGGAAAAUGAGGCGACAAAGGGCAAGAUGCGUCGGCUGCGCUUAGUCAUGGAGCAACGUCGCGCCAAGAGGAAAGCCAGGCGACAGGCACGAGCGGCGCCAUACACCACGCAGUGGGCCGCAAUGACUCCCGCCGACCCGAAUCACGAGCCGAACACAUCGACCGCGACCUCGAGUACCACCACCACUACUAACAGCGCGGAGCCGCAGAACGAGCCGGAGCUUCAGCCGUGCAGUCCCGAACCGGUCGUAGCUUAAAUACCACGUCACUAACAGUCAAUUCACGGCACAGUAGUGUAUCCUCUAUAUUCGUAUACAUAAGGUAUGAUUGUCUCCGUUUCGUUUCCGCCUAUCGCACUGAUUUAUUCUGAAUGAAAGAAAAAAAAAGAAGCUGCAGACUCGACGUGUUCUAAUCACGUAGUUACACUCGUUCCGUACAACUCUCGUUCUGAUCGGUGCGCAACCAAACGCUGCACACGCUGUUUUAAACGUUGAUUUUGACGCCCGAUUUUCGUUGAUACCCCGUACACGAUCUCGAUCAUUACCGCGGAUCCGCCGAGUUUCUCUCUGUAUUAUGCAAGUGUCUCGCUUUCUCCGAUUUGCGUUACCUUACGCAAAUAGACGUAAUUUGCGAGAAUUCGCUGGCUAAGACGAAUCAGAAGAUAAACUCUGAUCGAGCAUCCUUCGCGCAUAGCACUCUGAUUCUUAAUUAGUGUAACAUUUUUUUUACUUUUUCCUUGCAUCCCAUUUUUUGUUUUAAAAGAUGCACUUAGCGCAUUGGGACUUUUUAUUUUUUUUCGUGUCCUCUUUAAUUUCUCUCUAGAUCAAAAUCUAGCUUCGUACGACGUACUAUGAAGACAUAGUCGUCUUCAAGGGAUGCACUUCAAGGGAUUUUCGACUCAAUCGCAUUUACUUACUAUUAUCAUUAAUAUACAAUGACAACGCAUCGCGAUCAUCGUAUGAACGUUGACGCAGACGAUAUAUGAAGCCACAGGCGCAUCUAUCAGGGCAUAUGCGCGUUUAUAAAUAUGAUCGUGCGUGACGUUACAGAAAUAUAUUAGGCAAUAGUGUGCUAUCGCUAUGAUAAAAACAUAUAUUAUACAUAUAUGUAUAUAUCAUUACUCUGUGUGUUAAUAUAACGAAGUACUGGGUAUCUUACGGCUAUCGUUUCCGAACGUUAAUAAAACGGUGAUCUCGCAGUGUUUGGCCGGACUCAGGACUUGAUCGUAGUUGACAAUAAUUACGCUCGACGAAUGAAUCAGUGUGACGGUUUUACGUAUCUAUAACGUCGACGUCGCGCGAGAAGUCGAUGAAGUGUCGCGUUUCUGAGAGGGAGAGAGAGAGACAAUGUAUGUAUGAAGAGAGAGAGAGAGAGAGAGAGAGAGAGAAAUAGAGAGCGAAAAGCUCUUAUUAAGGCUCCUAUUAAGGAAUCCUAUUAAAGGAACUUCCUGCUAGAAUAAAACUUGCCGAUAAACACGCCACACGCGUUCAAGAUAUAAAGAGGGUAGGGUUUGCCAUAGUGUUUCGUCUGUGCGCGUUUACCACGGCUCUCCUGAUUAUUCUCUCGCUAUCGAUCACUCGAAGUCUUAUACGUAGUUACGAAUAGAACCUCGAUCACGCGCGUCGCAUGGAUCCGCAAUGAGACUGUUUGUCGGAAAAGCGAGGCUCGCGUCUCGCCGUGCGCUGGACAUGGAAAUUGUCGCGUGAAGUGGUAUAAAGAGAAAGAGGAAACACCACGAGUCCGCGCGCGCCAGAGUUUGUGCAAAUUUAUAUUUUACGUCGCUUGCGGAUCGAUUAAUCUAAAUCUCCGCAAUUUUUUGUAAGUAGCAAGUGCACUUUCCAACGUCUUCUUCAGAUUAGAGUUGUAAUGACGUAUCUAAGUGAUGCAUUGAAAAAAAUGUGUUUCAUUGAACUUUCGAUAAUUUUAUCAAGUACUGGAGCAUUGGAUGCUGAUUGUACGUCUCUGUAAAUUGUACACUUGUAUAAUCAUAGGAAAUGCGAAGCAAUGGAAAAGUAAUAUAACAGCGAAUAAGAGUGACAUGAACGAUACGAAGACUCGACUGCGUUUUUCAUCCAAUGUUACUAUCUUUCCAAUGCCUGGUAGAUUGAAAAUUGCAUGAAACGUAAGAACGUUAUUUUAUUAAGCAUUUUGCCUGUUACUUGUAUUUAUAUUUCUUAUUACUUAUCCAAUUCGUAUUUGUUUAGUUAGCAAUACAGAUUCAUACAGUCUCCAAUCGUAAGUACAUUAUUUGAACCUAAUCACGUUUUUAAGUAACGAAAAAAGAAUAGCAAACGAAAAGUAAAACAGAAGAAGACAUGAAAGCGAAGGAAAUGAAAAAUUAUUUUUUAUGUUGUACGUAAUUUGUAGAAAUGAUCCAAAAAUAGGGGAAACCACGACGUGUCUAAGUGAGACGUAAAGAGAUUUAAUCAAGUAGAGAGUAGCAUAUUCAUAUCAGUUCUUAUGGAGAUUACAUUAUGGAAUAUGUUAAAUUUCUUAAUCACUAAUGAGUCAUAUCUCGACGCUUGGUUGUCCCCUUUGGUAGGAUCACAUGUUAUUCUUCGAAGAGAAGACAAAAAUAAGAUAAGAGCUACAUAUUCGAGAAAGACGUGUAAGACAGCUCUAUAGAUGAAAAAUUGCGUGAUCAUAUUGCAUGGCGUGCUACGGCCCCACGAUUUAAGUUUAAGUUUAAAAAAUUAGGUACUACAGAUAAUACAGUGUCACAUAUUACUAAUAGAGUACGUUGCGUUUAGGAGAGGUUACUUAGGAGAAAAUAUUAUUACCAUUAUUACAUUAUAUAUCAUUAGUAUACCGCUAUUACAAUUUUUGCAAAACUGGCUCAAUAUUGUAAUAUACGAUUAUCGGAACCUUUAUCGAGUACCAAAAUAAAUAAGAUUGCUUGCUAA